AUGUUACCUAAAUUUACUGAAACUAAUACGCUAUUUCAGAGUGAGACUCCAAUGAUCACAAAACUUAACACUAAAAUGAACGAUCUCUUUCACGAACUUUUAUCGACAUAUAUGACAACGGCACACAUUGCAAACACUGAACUAGAAAAAAUUGACCCAACUGACGAAAACAAUUUCAAAAAUUUGGAUGACAUCUACCUGGGCUUGGGAGUAUCUAAACAGUUUUCAACAAAUGAAAUAGCAGCAGAGAAAAAAAAGGAUUUCAAAAAGAAAUGCCGAAAUUUUUUGAUUAAAGCGUGCGUAGGCAUCCGCAAAAGAUUCGCGCUAAAUGAUCCAGUAUUGGUUGGGAUAUCCAAAUUGGAUCCUGAGACAUGUCUCGAUAUCUCAGAUCGCGAUGAAUCAAUUCAAUAUAUACUAAGCUUAAUGCCAAGAUUGACAUCAACUUCUAUGAUAGAACAACAAGCUUUGGAUGACCAAUGGAGAAAAUUGCCAAAGUUAAAAGGAAAUUUCGAUGCUGCAAUACGGCCUGAUGAAUUCUGGCACAAGGUUAGUAACUAA